UCCACCAUUGGUGUAUGCUACAUAAAAGUUGCAAACAAUGUGGUCGUAGAGGCCCUAUUCCGUAUUGAACUCAACAAACUUUCCAUAAUAGUAGAUAUUGACUACAAAGCCAAGACAGAGGCUCAGAGUGAAGACAGUCAGGGAUCGGAUAAAAAGUGGCUAAGACUGAAUAUGGCACAAAUGGACAUCUCCGAGGGACCCAAAAUUUAA